CACUUUCCCCUCCUUCCCAGCAGUGGUUGGUUAAUCACACUCCUUCUUGGGGGAAGCCGCCGGACACUCCCAUCCAAGGCCUUCUCUUUCUCAUGACUUUUUUUUCUCCUGCUCGGAAGUCUACGAGGACGCUUCCGGGUCACGCGGCGCCGACACCAGGAAUCAUGUGACACCAAGAUGGCGGCGCCGCGGUAGCUGAAUCCGGGUUGUGGCGUCCUAGGAGCCGCGACGGUUUCUGCCCUCGGGCAGUGAGGGGCGGCAGCGCUUGGCUGACCCCUGCGGCGUCCCGUAGCCUCGCGUUAAGCCUGGUUCACAGCGAGGGCUGUUGCUUGUCGCCGUGGGUUCCAGGGAGUGCAGGUGACCUCGCUGCAGGUUUCUUGUGCUGGCCGCGCUCGCCGGAGGAAGAAAAGAAGGGCAUUUGGGCCUGCGGCCUUGGCGUUCAUGAGGCCUCCGAGAGCUCCAGAGGAGCUACAACUCCGAGGGGGCGGCUAGAGUUCGAGUCCUUGGGUGUGUGAGAAGCAGCCUCGGACCCCGGGUUCGGGGAGUCUCAAAGAAGGCGGUAAGGGCUUCGCUUCCUUCUCCGGAGGCCUGCCUUCUGCGCGUCGAUUAACCCCGCAUUCUUUCCCACUUCCUCUCAAUGUUUUCUUCAUACAUCUGGAAAUAUGAUCAGCGCCCCUGACGUAGUGGCCUUCACUAAAGAGGAAGAAUAUGAGGAAGAGCCUUACAAUGAGCCGGCCCUGCCUGAGGAGUACUCGGUGCCGCUCUUCCCCUUCGCCAACCAGGGUGCUAACCCCUGGUCAAAACUGUCUGGGGCCAAGUUUUCGAGGGACUUCAUUCUUAUUUCCGAGUUUUCUGAGCAGGUGGGACCCCAACCGUUACUGACCAUCCCCAAUGACACCAAAGUUUUUGGCACUUUUGAUCUCAAUUACUUCUCCCUGCGUAUCAUGUCGGUGGAUUACCAGGCUUCCUUCGUGGGCCAUCCUCCUGGAUCUGCCUACCCCAAGCUGAACUUCGUGGAGGACUCCAAGGUGGUGCUGGGAGAUUCCAAGGAGGGAGCCUUUGCAUACGUGCACCACCUUACCCUAUACGACCUGGAGGCCCGUGGCUUCGUGAGGCCUUUUUGCAUGGCUUAUAUCUCUGCAGACCAGCAUAAAAUCAUGCAGCAGUUCCAGGAGCUUUCAGCCGAAUUUUCCAGAGCUUCUGAGUGCUUGAAAACUGGCAACAGGAAAGCAUUUGCUGGGGAACUUGAAAAAAAGCUGAAAGACUUGGAUUACACCAGGACAGUGCUGCACACAGAAACGGAGAUCCAGAAGAAAGCCAACGACAAAGGCUUUUACUCAUCUCAGGCAAUUGAGAAAGCCAACGAACUGGCCAGUGUGGAGAAGUCCAUCAUUGAACAUCAAGACCUGCUGAAGCAGAUCCGCUCAUACCCUCAUCGGAAGUUGAAGGGGUGUGAUUUGUGUCCUGGUGAGAUGGAGCACAUCCAGGAUCAGGCCAGCCAGGCAUCCACUACCUCUAACCCUGAUGAGUCUGCCGACACAGACCUUUACACCUGCAGACCAGCCUACACCCCAAAACUUAUCAAAGCAAAGUCCACGAAGUGUUUUGACAAGAAGUUGAAGACCUUAGAGGAGCUCUGUGACACUGAAUAUUUCACCCAGACCCUGACUCAGCUCAGCCACAUUGAACACAUGUUCAGAGGAGACCUGUGUUACCUCCUGACCAGUCAGAUUGAUAGAGCACUUCUAAAACAACAGCACAUAACAAACUUUCUCUUUGAAGACUUUGUGGAGGUUGAUGACAGGAUGGUGGAGAAGCAAGAAAGCAUACCCUCUAAGCCCAGUCAAGACAGGCCGCCUUCCAGGUCUCUAGAAGAAUGCCCAAUUCCUAAAGUAUUAAUUAGUGUUGGUUCUUACAAGUCCAGUGUGGAGUCUGUGCUGAUCAAGAUGGAGCAGGAACUGGGAGAUGAGGAGUACAAGGAAGUGGAGGUGACGGAGUUGAGCAGUUUUGACCCCCAGGAAAACUUGGACUACCUGGAUAUGGAUAUGAAAGGGAGUAUCAGCAGUGGUGAAAGCAUUGAAGUUUUGGGCACGGAGAAAUCCACGUCUGUGCUUUCUAAGUCUGACAGCCAGGCCAGCCUCACGGUACCAUUGAGCCCCCAGGUAGUCCGGAGCAAAGCAGUCAGCCACAGGACCAUCAGCGAGGACAGUAUUGAAGUCCUCAGUACCUGCCCCUCUGAGGCCCUCAUCCCUGAUGACUUUAAGGCCAGCUACCCAAGUGCCAUUAAUGAAGAAGAAUCAUAUCCAGAUGGCAAUGAGGGAGCCAUCCACUUCCAGGCAAGCAUUAGUCCUCCGGAGCUGGGUGAGAUGGAGGAGGGCAGCAUGGAAAACACCCCAUCACAAAUAGACUCCUGCUGUAUUGGGAAGGAGAGCGACGGUCAGCUGCUGCUGCCCUCCAGUCCAGCCCACACACACUCUGACGAGGAUGGAGUGGUGAGCAGCCCCCCACAGCGCCACAGGCAGAAGGACCAGGGGUUCCGUGUAGACUUUUCAAUGGAAAAUGCCAGCCCUUCUUCCCGAGACGACAGUUGUGAAGGGUUUCCCGCUUAUGAGCUGGACCCAAGCCACCUGCUGGCUAGCCGGGACAUCAGUAAGACCAGCCUGGAUAACUACUCAGACACCACCAGCUAUGUGAGCAGUGUAGCUUCCACCAGCUCGGACAGGAUCCCUUCUGCUUAUCCUGCUAGCCCGUCUUCCGAUAGGCAUAAAAAGAGGGCUGGCCAGAACGCCUUAAAAUUCAUCCGCCAGUACCCCUUUGCCCACCCAGCCAUCUACUCCCUGCUCAGCGGGAGGACACUUGUGGUCCUGGGGGAAGAUGAGGCCAUAGUCAGGAAGCUUGUGACUGCACUGGCUAUCUUUGUCCCCAGCUAUGGCUGCUACGCUAAGCCCGUGAAACAUUGGGCCUCCUCCCCUUUGCACAUUAUGGAUUUUCAGAAGUGGAAGCUUAUUGGCUUGCAGAGAGUGGCCUCCCCUGCCGGUGCCGGUACCCUUCAUGCCCUGAGUCGCUACAGCCGCUACACGAGCAUCCUGGACCUUGACAACAAAACCCUGCGCUGCCCCCUUUACAGAGGCACCCUAGUGCCCCGCCUGGCAGACCACCGCACACAGAUCAAGCGGGGCAGCACCUACUACCUGCAUGUCCAGAGCAUGCUCACUCAGCUCUGCUCCAAGGCCUUCCUCUACACCUUCUGCCACCACCUGCACCUGCCUACGCACGACAAGGAGACAGAGGAGCUGCUAGCCAGCCGCCAGGCGAGCUUCCUGAAGCUGACCCUGGGUCUGGUGAAUGAGGAUGUCAGGGUGGUCCAGUACCUGGCUGAGCUGCUGAAGCUGCACUACAUGCAGGAAUCUCCAGGGACCAGCCACCCCAUGCUCAGGUUUGACUAUGUCCCCAGCUUUUUGUAUAAAAUCUGAGGUCGGUCCCAGCCACUGUGACCAAGACCUGUGACUCAGGGUAUGGGGAGGGGAGGGGUUGGCAUGACCAAACAGUUGCCUGAACUGGACUGUUGAGGUUUCUGGUGUCUGGCAGCAUGGUUCCCACGUGGCUCCUGGUAGUUUUCAAGUUGGACGUGGGCAGAAGUGGAGCCUGUGUCCCUCUAAAGGCGUCUGGAGGGAUGGUGACAGCUACAUUCGGCUCCCUGGUGAAGAGAGGCCCCUGGUUGUAGAGGGGGCCUUGGUUUUCUGAGGACUGGCAGCCAGGGCAGAAGGGAAGCCACCAGUCCCUUGGUGGGGUAGGGUGAGGGCAGGAAGGCCAAAACCUGAUGGGAGGAGCACACUGACCAUAUUCAGCAUUGCCGGACACUUGAGUGGCAAAAUGAGCGAGGGCGGCAGCUUGGUAACUGUUGUGGUUUGAUGGAAAACAGGAGGGCAGAACGCCCAUCACCUCCUUCAGACCCAGAUGCAGACCUUUAUUUGCCUCCUGGAGCCUGCUGUCCCAGGGGAGGCCCUGGACCAGCCAGUGGGAGGGAGAAAGGCUGCCACCCUUUGGGUUGUGGGAAACAUGCAGCCUUGGCCUCAGGGCCACAGAGCGUGAGCAGCACCCUGUACCCUGUCCUCACCACCUUUACCUGGGAGAGAAAUGCCUGUGAGCGGGCCUUGGGACUCACCCACUACGCUCUUUCGCCAGGAACGAGCAGAGCGUUCCCUAGUCCCAGUGUGAAGCGGGCACAAGUGACCAAAGCCAAUGGUGAGGACCUGGGGGCUGGAGAGCACA